UUGACCUGUUGCUGCUACAAUUGCCUAUGUUUCAGCGCUGUGCUUGUGUCUGCGCUUGACAAUGAACAUCUCCCGUUUCUCUGAGGUUGUUUACUGGAUGUUUGCGGUUCGUCUAUUGAAUCAAGGACGAAUGCGCCCCGAUGCUAUAGGCGUUGACGGAAAGUGUAUUCCACAAACGACAACUGAUGCAGGUCCGAUGUACGCAACAGUUGAAACAGCAGUCGUUGUAAGUUCCGCAUUAGCUUCUUCUUUUCAGGAAACGGCUGGUCACGAGCACCAACAACUACUUGACUACCUGCGCGUCUUAUUUGCGGCCGUUAACCUGAACCUUCGCAAGACUGAAACAGAUAUCCUUGACCUGGAGCUUGCAGUUACUGACAUUAUGGUGCUCAAGCCAAAGGAUAUUGAACAGCCAAAUGAGUGCAAAUGA